AGUGAGAGCUCUUUCCUUUUCACUCCUCUCCGUUAUCACUGUGUGUCAGCCGUUAGAGCCUCAGGAUGAAGGAUGAUGGAGAAGCUUCAGCCCUGACAAGGAGUAACAAGAGAAAGGCGAAGUGAAUGUGCAUGAGGCCUCCAGGCCCUGCUAGGAGAAUCCAUGGAGCCAGAUGUCAUGCCCAUGCACUCCUCCUCCCCCCCGCCACUGGACAAUGGUGGGGCAGAGGAAGAUGAGUUUGGCGACUAUGGGGACUUCUCUUUGGGGGUGUCCUGCUCCACUCUUGCUUUCACUGAUUUUACUGAACCACCAUUCAGCCUCAGACAGCCUUCUCCACCUACAGAACCAGCCACUCAGUCACCCAACUCCAGCUUUAAUCACCAGGUUGAACAAUCCCAACCCACAUCCACUGUGAAAUCAGGGUUUAGUAGUUGUGAGGUUGAUGUCAAAGGACAGCACUGUAAUGUAGAACCUCCCUCGCACCUCACGAAUGGCUGCCUUGAAAGGAACCAUGCAUCUGAGCACUUAGCCUCUGGGACCCAAACAGCCUCUGUGCCGAUUGCCUGCUCUCCCACGGAGGAAACGGGAUUUGCGGACUUCACUGCAUUCUCAGAGCAGGCAGCACCACACCCGUGGUGUUGCGGCUUCUCUGCCAUGGGUGGCCCUGAGCAUUGGGAUGGCAGAGCAGGAAAGACAAACCUUGCCAGCAGCUUGGGUGAACAGCUUUGUGAUUCAGGGCAAGAGAUCAUCAUGGAGUCUGAACCUUGCACGUCUAAAGCAAAAGCAAAUGAUUGCACUAUGGUCAAGCACUGUGAGCAAAAGGAUGCAGCGCCCAUUCAACCAUCUCAGGAUCAUCAGCCUCAGGAACCUGUUGCUGCACUGGCUUUCCCACCUGAGGAGCCCCAUCCCGGGGAGGAGGAGCUAGGCAUUCCUGGAGAGAGUCAGAGGGGAAGGACGCCGAGUACCAGCCUAAAUACCAACCACUCACAAACCUCAGAGUCAGAGGAUGGAGAGGAGAGUGUUUCCCCUCCUCACAUAACCAGCCUCUAUAAGUCUGUUAGUCAGGACUUUGGAUCCCUCUGUGACAUUGUGUCACCAGAGAGGCCUUCUGAGGACUUUGACCCAAGCUGUUCAUGCCCUGCUCCCCACGAGGACAAAACCGAUGACGAGGAGGAGGAAGAAGACGAAUUUGGCAUCUACAGGCGUACUGACUCCUUGGCAAAUCUCAGCCUAGCACAGCCUGACCCAGAGGAGGCUCCUCAUCAUCAUGGCCAGUCAGAGUCUGCGAAUCAGGAAAACUCUGCUACCUCCAGUCCGUUAAAAUCUGGGACAAGCACGAAGGACGGCCUUGACAACUUUAAAGAGAGUCGCUUAGCGCAUCACAGUCACCAAGACCAUGACCAGACAGUUGAUGCAGGAGAACAGGGUGUCGGCAGCCUCCCGCCAAGUGACAGCUUUGCAGACUUUUGCUCAGCGCCCAUAGAAGGGCAUGGAGAAGGUUGCUGGGAUGAGUUCAGGGACCAGGGUCCUCACACGGAGGAAAAAACAUGGGCACAGUUCAAUGAGGAAGGCAGGACUGUGCAAACUGAUGGGAACACUGAGCGGGAUACGUGGGGACAAGACGGAGCUGCCAAUAGGGAUGGCUUGCAGGCCUCAUUGUCCUGUCGGGUCCAGAGGCUACUCCAGGCCAGUUUCCCUGAGGUGGUGGUCCAAACAGUGGAGGAUGAGGAGGGGGUGCCCAGUCUCAGUGCUGUGUUUCAGGCCCAACACCGUGCUGAGGACAGGGGAGAGGAGAGGCCCAGACAACAGCAGCUGUGCACUAGAUUACAAUGGGUUCACUGUGGCACGUGGUGGCAGCACCAGGAUGCAGUUGGCCUCCAGUUCUGGUGGGGUGGGUCCCAUACUAACAGGACUCUGCUUGGGUGCCUUGGUGUGGACACAAGGAACAUUGUGUUUACUGGCCUGAGGAAGCAGCCAGUGGUUGUGCCUGCUUUUGCUUCCAGCCUGGGAAUGCUGGAGCCCACCAAAGAGUCUGUACCAGCUGUCAGUUCUCCAAGACGCACAGUGGUCACAGCACAAGGACCUCCAGGGCUCCAGGACAGCCAGGGACCCUCAGCAGACUCGGUGCAGGAGGCGCUUCCUCCCAGCCAGUUGGACUGGAGUAGCAGUGGCCUUACCAACUCUCAGGACGGCUCCUCUGCACUCAACCUGGAUUAUUUUGGUCCUGUGGAGGACAGUGGGUCCAGCAGCAGCAGCCGCAGCAACAGCCCUCCACCAGGAGUUGACCCUGUCCUGUAUGAACUGACCAUCACCAAAGUGGAAACCAGCGUUAGCAGCAGCCACCUAGAGGACACCUUCAAUCGCCUUAUGUCCACUGCAGAGAGGACCAGCACCUCAGUUAGGAAACCUCCCCAGGAUGAGGAGCUGAGUGCAGAGGCUGGGAGGGUGAUCUGCAGCCUGCCUGACCUGUCGUUCAUGAAGGCCAAGGUCCUCAUGUUCCCAAGCAUCCUCAUACCCAGGGAAUGCAGUUCUCCAGCCUUAGAGUGAUGUGUGCCCUUUCCCCACACACACACACUGCUUUGAGAAAUCCAUUAUGCUAAAAUUGAUCUCCACCCCACAGCAUGACAGCAUGACUGCUACAGAGACCGAAAGGAAUUUCUCUCAUUUUUUGGCUCUUCAUUUUCCUGAAGGUGCAGUCUACAGUCCUCCAGCAACAGUGAAGUGAUCUCAGUCAGAGAGGCAGAGCCAGCACCUCCCAUCUCCACUCAAUCUUAUUCACUUUUUCAUAUCGUUCUGCUCUACUUGCUCUUCUUUGCUGUCAUAGAAUCAUCCUACUUUUUUUUUUUUUUUUUUUUUUUGGUCUGUCCGUCUGACUGUUCAUGGACAAAAUGUGGGGUCUCAGGUGAACAUUAAAGGGCAAAAUUUAAUGUUUCGAACUUUUAAAGGCACUAACUCCAACAGCACAAAUCCAGCUUCGGUGAAACUCACAUGCUGUCCUUACGAGUGACGCUGAUUUGCACCCUAAUGAGGAUGCUCUGUAAUAAAAGGUUUGAAUUUUUUUGUUGAAAUAUGACAGUUCAGAGACGACUGGUCUGAAUGGAGUGAUGACACAUCCUGUCACUGAUUGGCCAAAGUGCUGCUUGCAUCGCUCUUAUAGGUUGACAUGUUUUCAAUUAUUUUCCAUGCACUUUUCUCUCUCAUGGUUCUUCUCAGGUCACAGGAUUAUAAUCAGUACACUCUGACUGAGAACCUUUUAGUCCUACUCUUCACUGGUUGCCUGAACAUCAGCUAAAUGACUUCAGUGUACUCGACUGUAAAAACACUUCUGAUUUGUGCAGCGACGUGCAGUUUGUAGGAAAAUAUUCCAUGUAAAGAUCAAAUGGACAGUCUGCCUCACCGAUGUGUACCUGAGUAUGAAGUUCAUUAUCAAAAACAACAUCAGAAGCACUGGGAAUAUUUAGAGAAACAUCUUGUGUGACUGUAAGCCGGUGUGGUGUCACGUCUGAACGUUUCUGAAGACAAACAUGUAUUGGAACUGUCCCUCUAACAGCUGUCAUCAACCUCAUCAACUCUACAGCCACAUCAACUAGUCCCAUGCGCUGUGAAUUCAACAUGCUGAACAGAAUCAGUGAGAAGAGUGACUGGGAUUCAUAUAAGUCCGGGGUGUACUUUCUUGUUGGUGCCUUUUACUAUAUUUUGGUCAGCGAAGAGCAGAAUCUCCUCACAUACAGCAGAUCACGUAUGGAUUUAUUAUGUUAUAAUCAGCAUGCUGCAGAGAAGCAGGCCUCCACUGCAGCCUCCGUUGUCUCUUGUGUGCUCCACUGUCUGUUUCACAACAAACACACCUCUCCUCGAUGCUGUUUGUUAUGGUUCCUUUUGUUGUAAGUGAUGUGAAAACACACACACACACCACUAAAUGACUUGGGAGACUUUGUUAGAGCAAACUCACCAACUUCAAUUAUGGCUUAUUUAUUGAAUGUUUUAUUGUUUUAUUUAUCACGAAUACAUGCUAUCAACUUAUUUAUUAAAGAUGAAGGUGUUCAUGUUCUUACAUGCUUUGCAAGACUAAAUGAAUGUACUUUUCCUUUGGUUUGACAAGGCCUGAGAAAAGGGGCCCGUUUGAAGAUGCAGGAGAUAAAUUUUAUCCACAAACUAUGCAAGAAUAUUUUCCAUGGGUGAAUCUUUAACAAAUUUUGUACUUUUGUGUCUGUACUUGAAUAGCUACCUUGUAAACUGUGUUCAAAGAGGUUUUCUAUGGAACCCCCAAAGAGUCAUGGUGAGAAUUUUCUUUGGGUGUUCCCAUGACCCUUGAGGGGCUCUGUGCUAAUCCAGCUGAGCUGCUUGAUUGCUUUUUUUCAUCUUUUUCUUUGUUUUUUUUGCAUAACAUCAAACCUAAAUUCACCAAGAUUGGAAUAUGGACCAUGUAGAAGUAACCACAGUAAAUAUAGUCAAAUAUAAAAAUAAUUUAGGAGCGAGUCGGCAUUAUUCUCACCUCAUGAGUUGAAUGUAAUUGUGUCUUCGGUUGUACAUAUACCUGGUUUGCAUCCCAAUCCUAGUGAACCGUGUUAGAACAACAUCAGUUAUUGUCAGUUUUGUUGAUUUGAAGUACUGGGAAAG